AAAGACGAGCCGUCCCAGUUCCUGUUCUUAUAAAUGAGCUGGCGCUGGAGAGUCGAUACCGGAGAAUGAGAGAAACACUAGCGAACCAACUUAGAACCAAACAUUGGACCUGGCUGUCCUUUAGUUUUUACAUAGAUUUUCUCGUGUUUCCAGGUGUGUUAUAACAAUUAAGAUGGCUGUGUCUGCCAGUGCCAGCUUGAGUAAAGCUGUCAAACAGCAGUACAUGGAGCUACCUCAGGGGGGGAAGGUCCAAGCCAUGUACAUUUGGAUUGAUGGGACCGGUGAGGGGCUCCGCUGCAAAACCAGGACUUUGGAUUCUGAGCCCAAAAGUGUUGAAGAUCUGCCUGAGUGGAACUUUGAUGGCUCCAGUACCUACCAGGCUGAGGGAUCCAACAGUGACAUGUAUCUUAUUCCUGCGGCUAUGUUUCGUGACCCAUUUCGUAAAGACCCCAACAAGCUGGUCCUGUGUGAAGUCCUGAAAUACAACCGAAAACCUGCCGAAAGCAACCUCCGAAUCACCUGCAAAAAGGUGAUGGACAUGGUGACAGACCAGCAUCCGUGGUUCGGCAUGGAGCAGGAGUACACCAUCCUGGGCACAGACGGGCAUCCAUUUGGCUGGCCAUCAAAUGGCUUCCCCGGACCACAAGGUCCAUACUACUGUGGCGUGGGAGCUGACAAAGCCUAUGGCAGAGAUAUUGUAGAGGCCCAUUAUAGAGCAUGUCUGUAUGCUGGAGUCAACAUUUGUGGCACAAAUGCAGAAGUGAUGCCAGCUCAGUGGGAGUUCCAGGUGGGACCUUGCGAGGGAAUCGACAUGGGUGAUCAUCUGUGGGUGGCUCGCUUCAUCCUGCACCGCGUGUGUGAAGAUUUUGGCGUCGUCGCCUCUUUUGACCCCAAACCCAUCCCAGGAAACUGGAAUGGUGCAGGCUGCCACACAAACGUCAGCACAAAGGAGAUGAGGGAAGAUGGCGGACUAAAAGCGAUUGAAGAUGCCAUCGAGAAGCUUGGGAAGAGACACCGCUAUCACAUCCGAGCCUACGACCCCAAAGGGGGCCUUGACAACGCACGCCGUCUCACCGGUCAUCACGAGACCUCAAACAUCCACGAAUUCUCCGCCGGCGUGGCUAACCGCGGCGCAAGCAUCCGCAUCCCAAGAAGCGUCGGUCAGGAGAAGAAGGGCUACUUCGAAGACCGCCGCCCUUCGGCCAACUGUGACCCGUACGGCGUGACCGAAGCCCUGAUUCGCACCUGUUUGCUGAGCGAGGAGGGUGACGAACCAACAGAAUACUAAAUUCAUAACAUAGAAACUGAUCUCCACUGCCUUCCCGACUUUACCUUCUUCUUUAAAUGGUACGGUUCCUUCUCCUGCCUCUCCUUCACUGAGAUAAUUCUAACUCACACCUUAAUGCUGUGGCUAUUCAAAAAAAAA